AUGGUCGAUAUCGAGGACGGCUACGGGGAUCUACCGGGCGUCGCUGGGAAAUUGACUGAAGAUGUGACGAUUCGGAUACGCUCCACGAAGAAAGCGCCCGUGCAUGAGGAAAAAGGACACAUGGAUUCGUUUGUGCCCGGCACUUGCUCGGUUUGGAUGCGAACAUGGGGAUGCAGCCACAACUCAUCAGACUCGGAAUACAUGGCCGGAAUAUUGAUGCGGGAUGGCUAUCGAGUCACACAGGACAAAGACAAUGCUGAUGUUUGGGUGCUGAACUCGUGUACAGUCAAGACUCCAUCAGAACAGCAAGCGAGUAACUUGGUAACCGAGGGGCAGAAAAGCGGCAAGAAGAUUGUAAUGGCCGGCUGCGUAUCACAAGCGGCACCCAAUGAAAAAUGGCUGCAAGGAGUCUCGAUUGUCGGCGUCAAGCAAAUUGAUCGGAUCACUGAGAUUGUUGAAGAAACGGUCAAGGGGAACACGGUUCGCCUUUUAUCUCGUCGUAGACCCGAUGCCGGCCUAGCGUUGCCUAAAAUGAGGAAAAAUGAACUGGUUGAGGUGUUGGCAAUAAACACGGGAUGCCUCAACAAUUGCACCUAUUGUAAGACAAAAUUGGCGCGCGGUGAUCUCAAGAGUUAUCCGAUCAAAGAAUUGGUUGAACAAGCUCAAACGGCUUUCGAACGAGACGGUGUUAAAGAGUUGUGGCUGACAAGCGAGGAUUUGGGUGCCUAUGGAAGAGAUAUUGGAGUGGUUCUUCCCGAUCUCCUUGACGAAUUGGUGAAAAUUAUUCCAGACGGCUGUAUGAUGAGACUCGGCAUGACGAAUCCGCCAUACAUUUUGGAUUACCUGGAGGAAAUUGCUACGAUUCUUCGACAUCCCCGCGUUUAUGCCUUUCUCCACAUCCCGGUUCAAGCAGGAAGUGACGCUGUUUUAAGAGACAUGAAACGAGAGUACACAUCGGAUCACUUUCGAAAGAUUGUCGAUUACAUGAAGAAAAAUGUCCCUGGCAUCUACAUUGCCACUGAUAUGAUUUGUGCCUUUCCCACGGAGACAGAGGAGGAUUUUGAGGAAUCAAUGCAAUUGGUGCGUGACUACCAGUUCCCGUCGCUUUUCAUUAAUCAGUUCUUUCCUCGAUCUGGUACCCCGGCCGCUCGAAUGAAACGCGUUGAUCCGGUGGAGGCAAAAAGACGAACGGCUGAGAUGAGUCGACUCUUCAGAAGCUAUUCCCGUUACGAGGAGUCCCGAGUCGGCGAGGUGAUGGAUGUUCUCGUCUGUGAGCUUGCUUCGGACAAGCUGCACGCCGUUGGUCACAACAAAAACUAUGAGCACGUUCUUGUACCUGAUCCAGGUGAGGUGAUGGGUAAAUGGGUCAAAGUGAGGAUCGUUGGCGUUUCGAAGUUUCACAUGCUCGGCGAACGCAUUGCAGCGGAUGAAAAGAACCAAUCAUCUGCAACAAGUGUACCGACAAGUACUGCGUCAUUGGGCUCGACUCUUUUCCGUCCGCUCCCGAUUUUCGUCUGCAUAAUGGCCGCCUUGUUGAUGUUUGUGAUUUUUGAACUUUUACCUAGUCUAUUC